CAAUUAUUGAAAUUCAGCUUGUAUCCUUUAACCUAGCCUCAACCUUUUUGGCUAAGAAGUAUAGGUGAGAAUUUGGAUUUUGUCAAGAUAAGGUACAAAAUGUGAAUCUAGAACACUCUCUACUUCCUUCUUCCUAUUGCCCUUCUGCUGGUUGGUUCCCUGCUCAAUAGCAACAGUAGCUUAGCAGCCAGCCAACCUCAGCUGGGGGUUCAGCAACAGCAGCAGUAUGUGAGGGAUUGUUGGCCACUGCAGCAGUGAUUUGGGCAAUGCAGGGAGUUGCUAGCCUACUUCUUAUUGUUCUUCACUUUUUCUUCACCCUUUUUGACAGGAAUCUAUAGAAGGGCUGCUGCUGGGCACCUAAUUCACCUACCUGCAGCAGCUAGGCUGCCAGAAACCUUGCUGCAGGAUGGCAGCAAGACGAGCAGGAGAGGGGGAAACAAUUGGAUGAGUUUCGAUGCUCCGAUUUCGAAAUUCAUAGUAUGUAGUUGUGUAGAGGGAAGUUGGGAAUCACCUUGUACCUUCAGCCGGAUUUGCAAGAGCUGAGCUUUAGAAGGGUUGGUAGUGAUCUUGACUUCAUCCUCUUGUGUUUAGAAUCUUGUUUGGACCAAUUUAGAGGAGUCAAAGAUCGCUCAUGAAUUGCCCUCUAACCUCAUCUUUCACUGGAGUUCCUUGCGGAGCAAGGAAUUGGCAGCACCAAGAUGCAGUCCAGCAACAACUACAGCAGUGCAUUCCAGUAAUAGGCACUGAACUUGAGGAUUCAACUUCUUCCAGCAGUAGGAUUUUUGGAUCUGGGCUGGUUUUCCCUUAUCCUUAGCUGGUUUUGGAGCUGCCCUUAUUUGACUUUCAGCUGAUUCAGUGUUGCUCCUAGCUGAAUUAUAAGGGAUUUUCAGAGUUCGUCUUCACUUCCCUCUUAUUUGGAGCUAGGGGAAGGUGCAUGUGGAGUUUCAGUUCGAUCCAUAAUUGGAUUAGCGCGCUAGAGUCAUCCAUUCCUCCUGCCAUCACAGAUCGAGAUAAGGAAGUCGCAAGCUAGAUUUCCGUCUACGCCAGUCGUUGAGCUAGAGAAGUACCCCUUUGGAGAUAAUUAUUUGGUUUAUAAUCAUGUCCAUAUAGUUAUAUUUAUUUUAUAUUUUUAGAGUUGUGGGAGGUGAUGAUGUACUUAUGGUUUAUGUUUUGUACAGUUUGGAUAUCAUGUGUGUCCAGGAGGUAAGCUGCUUGUCGAAUUGGAAAGGAAUCAAUUGGUGAGACGAGACAUGGGAGACAAGCUGCGUGGGUGAGGAGAAGGAUCAGGAGACGGGGCACUGCACUGCAAGUCGAAUGUAGGUAGAGUGUAAACCAGCAGGAGGAGCAAAUGGCUGCUGCACCCCUGACGCUUCCCGCCUACUCCAUCCCCAUCCCGCCUCUCUCUCUCCACGCCACCGACCCCAAAACGCUCCUUCUGGAGCACUGCAGGAGCCAGCGCGACGUGCGCCAGGUUCACGCCCGCCUCAUCAAGACCGGCUGCGCCGCCGCCGACCCUUCCGCCAUAGAGAACCUCCUCGAGUCUGCCGCCCUCGUCGUCCCCGACGCCCUCGACUACGCCCUCGCCGUCUUCCGCCGCUCCCCUGCCCACCUCCUCCGCUCCCAGUCCUACAACAUCCUCGUCCGCGCCUUCAUCCGCUCCCGCUCCCCCGACGACGCCCUCCUCCUCUUCCUCCGCAUGCUCGCCCGCUCGGUGCCCCCCGACCCCCACACCUUCUCCUGCAUCCUCAAAGCCUGCUCGCGGAUGAACUCCGUUCGCCACGGCCGGAUGGUGCAUGCCCGUAUCUUGAAAUGCGGACUGGGCUCCGAGGAGUUCGUGCGCAACAGCUUGGUUCACAUGUAUGCUAGCUGCGGAGAGGUUGGUCUCGCCCGUGCCCUGUUCGACAGAAUGCCCCAUCGGGGAAUCGUCACGUGGAACGCCAUGUUCGCCGGCUACUUCAAAGCUGGGGCUUGGGGCGAGGUGGUCGAGCUGUUCCGGUACAUGUCGGAGCUCCGAGUGGCUUUCGACGACGUCACUUUGAUCAGCGUUCUGACGGCGUGCGGGCGCUUGGGGGCGUUGGAUCUGGGGGAGCGGAUUGAUGAGUACGUGGAAAGAAACAGGUUGAAAAGUAAUCGGAAUUUGGUCACUUCGUUGGUGGACAUGUACGCAAAAUGUGGGAAGGUUGGAAGGGCACGCGAGUUGUUCGACGAAAUGCCGUAUCGGGAUGUGGUCGCUUGGAGUGCAAUGAUUUCGGGUUAUACGCAAUCAGAUCAGUGUCGAGAAGCUCUUGCUCUUUUCCAUGAAAUGCAGAUUGCCAAAGUGGAACCGAAUGAGGUGACAAUGGUUAGCGUUCUUUCAUCGUGCGCUGUUCUGGGAGCUCUAGAAACCGGCAAAUGGGUCCAUUCCUACAUAAAAAGGAAGCAAUUGCACUUAACCGUAAAUCUUGGCACUGCACUCGUAGAUUUUUAUGCAAAAUGCGGAUGCAUUGAGAGUGCGACCGAAGCUUUUGCGGAAAUGCGGACAAGGAAUGCUUGGACAUGGACGGUGCUCAUACGUGGAUUAGCAAGUAACGGGAAAGGAAAAGACGCUCUUCUGCUCUUCUCUUCAAUGCUCGAAGCUAAAUUCGAGCCGACCGACGUGACCUUUGUUGGAGUUCUCUCAGCCUGUAGUCAUGCAGGUCUGGUUAAAGAGGGUCGGGAAUUUUUCAACAGCAUGAGUAGAGAUUUUGGUAUCGAGCCUAGGAUCGAGCACUAUGGUUGCCUGGUUGAUAUUCUUGGUCGAGCUGGUUUGCUCCAGGAGGCCUAUCAGUUUAUCAAGAACAUGCCCAUUGAGCCAAAUGCUGUUGUGUGGAGAACCUUGCUGGCUUCCUGUAAAAUUCACAAAAAUGUUGAAAUUGCGGAAGAAUGCUUGAAGCAAAUUGUUAGAUUAGAACCAAGGCACAGCGGAGACUAUGUACUUCUCUCAAGUACUUAUGCAUCGGCGGGUCGAUGGGAGGAUGCAGUAAGGGUGAGGAACCUAAUGAAGGAAAAGGGAAUCGAGAAAAUUCCGGGUUGUAGUCUGAUCGAGCUGGAUGGAAUAAUCUUCGAGUUCUUUGCGGAGGACAGUGCUCAUCCCCAGUCAAAGGAGAUAUAUGAUGAAGUCGAGGAGAUGAUGGCAAAAAUAAAGGUGGCCGGGUAUAUUCCCAACGUAGCUGAUGCAAGACUAGAUGCUGAGGAUGAUGAGAAAGAAGUAUCGAUUUCUCAUCACAGCGAGAAGUUAGCCAUUGCAUUCGGUCUUAUAAACUCUCCUGCCGGAGCUACUAUUCGGUUGUCGAAAAACCUGAGAGUUUGUACAGAUUGCCAUGUAGCAACUAAGUUGAUAUCCAAGGUUUACGGGAGAGAGAUUGUCGUUCGAGAUCGAAAUAGAUUCCAUCAUUUUAAAGAUGGGUUUUGCUCUUGCAAUGAUUACUGGUGAACAAGACUGUUCCCAGAGCUGCUCAUUCAGUUAUUGUCUUGAACUUUAUAAGCUCAUGCAUGUGUUUUUAACGUAAAAGUUUUUCACAAGCCUAAACGCAUGUCUUACGUUGAAAGAUUGGUUAGUUUGUUGAGAUCUGUUAUUUGUGUGAA